CCCGGAAGUGUUUGUAAAACGGUUAAAAAGCCAGUUGACGUAGGCUAGCUAACGUUAGCUGUCAGCCGGGUUCAGUCAUUGUGCAGGGAUGGAGGUGACACGCCAAAAUUAUAAAGACAGUUUAAACACGGUGUACAGCGCGAUAGAGGAGGCUGACUUCCUUGCCAUCGAUGGAGAAUUUUCAGGGAUAAGCGACGGUCCUAAUGUCAGUGCACUCACCAACGGACUGGACACACCGGAGGAGCGAUACACGAAGCUUAAAAAGCACUCAAUGGACUUUCUGCUGUUCCAGUUCGGAUUAUGUACAUUCACGUACGACCAGACAAAGUCAAAGUAUAUCACAAAGUCUUUUAAUUUUUAUGUAUUCCCGAAACCGUUCAACAGGACAUCCCCCGACUUAAAGUUCAUCUGUCAAAGUUCCAGUAUCGACUUCCUGGCCAGUCAGGGAUUUGACUUCAACAAGGUGUUCUGUCAUGGAAUCCCAUAUCUAAACCAAGACGAGGAAGCCCAGCUGAGGGAGCAGACAGAGGAGAGGAGAAAUCAACAUGCUAACGGUGUAGGGACACCAUCCUACAGCUCCCCCUCCUCCAAAGGCACUGCACACGUACCGGAGGAGCAUAAAGACUACAUCAACAGGGUGAUAGAGAAGGUUGAGGCUCUCUUCGCUAACUCGGAGAAGACUUUGGACUUGGACCCAUGUACUGGGUUUCAGAGAAAGCUGAUAUACCAGACACUGAACUGGAAGUUUCCCAAGGGGCUUCAUGUGGAAACUGUGGAAACAGAAAAGAAAGAGCGAUACAUCCAGGUCAGCAAAGUGGAUGAUGAGGAGAGGAAGAGGAGGGAACAACAGAAACAAGAGAGAGAGCAGGAGGAGCUAAAUGAUGCUGUGGGCUUCUCCAGGGUCAUCCACGCCAUCUCUAAAUCUGCUAAACUUGUGGUUGGUCACAACAUGCUGUUGGAUGUGAUGCACACCAUCCACCAGUUCUACUGCCCUCUGCCAGAGGAUCUUCAAGACUUUAAAGAGGUCACAAUGUGUGUCUUCCCAAGAAUUCUGGACACAAAGUUGAUGGCUUCCACUCAGCCCUUUAAGGAGCUGAUCACUAACACGUCUCUGGCAGAGUUGGAGAAACAGCUGAAGGAGAGCCCCUUCAAGUCACCACAAGUUGAAACGGCAGAGGGGUUCCCCGGUUAUGACACAGCCCAGGGACAGCUCCACGAGGCCGGGUACGAUGCCUACAUCACUGGCCUCUGUUUCAUCUCAAUGGCCAACUACCUGGGCUCUUUCUUGACUCCACCCAAAGCGUACAUCUCUGCUCACUCCAAACUAAUUGAGCCUUUCUUCAACAAGCUUUUCCUGAUGAGGAUAAUAGAUAUUCCCUACCUCAACAUCACAGGACCAGAUUUGCAACCUAAAAGAGACCAUGUCCUGUAUGUCACCUUCCCAAAAGAAUGGAAGACUAGUGACCUCUACCAGCUCUUUAGUGCCUUCGGAAACAUCCAGGUUUCCUGGAUAGACGACACGUCAGCAUUUGUGUCCCUAAGUCAGACGGACCAGGUACAGAUAGCUAUGAACACCAGCCGCUACGCAGAGAGUUACAGGAUCCAGACGUAUGCGGAGUACAUCCAGGGUAGGCAGCAGGACAAGGAGAAGCUCAACCAGACUCCCAAAUCAUGGGGAGAGGACUGCUGGAUGAAACCUCCCUACACCUCUGCUACUUGCGCUGGUUUUGGAUAUGCCAGGGGUUUGAGGAAACGCAGCAUCAGUCCCGCUCAGGGGGAGCAGGGGGCCAGAGACGCUCAAAUUACAGACGGCUGGAGUCAGUCAUACCCGGAUAGCACAGGCAGCAAGAAGAUGAAAACUGAUGACAAAAGUGGACUAGCUAUCGAGAGCAAGACCUCAGAAGGAUGGCUAAAGACUGCAGAUGCAUCAGAUUCAGCGGGGUCCAGUCCAGUCCCUGAUGAGGAGGAGCGAAGUCCUGAAGGCAAUGAUGCUGAGGGGACGGUCACCUGGCAACAAGUCCAUGGGAAGAGAGGUCAAAAGAACAAGAAAAAGAAGUCCAAAGGGGCUAAAUCUACAACGUCGCUGUUUGAGGUCCCGGAAGUCUGGUAGCGAGAGGCGAGGAGUGGAGAAGCCACUAUGUCACCAUGAGCUCCUGCGCUGAGUCUCUUCACUUGCACAUCACUAGGAGU